AGAUGUGUCGGUGAUGGGCACCAGGAGCAAGGUUGGGACAAGUGACCAUGGCUUCAGGGACAUGGAGAGAGAGCCAGGUACCAGCAGUGUCUCAAUAUCCCCUGCAGGCUGGAGCAAUGGCAGCUCCAAUGUUACCACCUCCCUCAACCACAGAGGCAGCUGGUUCCAUCUCAGGGAGAGGGAGUGGGGAACCCAAGCAGCUGCCUGAGAUGAUUCGCCUGAAACGAGAUGGAGGGCAUCUGAGCGAAACAGGUAUCAGAGGCUUCAUGCAUGCAGUGAUGGAUGGAAGCGCACAGGACACACAUUUAGGGGCCAUGCUGAUGGCCAUUCGGCUGCAAGGCAUGGACAUAGAGGAGACUGUGUUGACUCAGACCCUGACAGACUCUGGGCAGCAACUGGAGUGGCCCAAGGCCUGGCACCAGAAGCUUGUGGAUAAGCACUCCACAGGAGGUAUGGGUGACAAGGUCAACCUGGUUCUGGCACCUGCCCUGGCUGCAUGUGGAUGCAAGUUACCUGUGGUCAGUGGACAUGGUCUGAGACACACAGGGGGCACACUGGGCAAGCUGAAAUCUACUCCUGGGUUCAAUGUUACCCAGAGCCCAGAGCAGACACUGCUCUUGCUGGAGGAAGUGGGCUGCUGCACUGUUGGCCAGAGUGAGAAGUUGGUCCCUGCUGAUAAUCUGUAUGCUGCAUGAGAUGUGACAGCUACUGUGGACAGGUGACCUGAGAUCACAGCCUCAAUCCUCAGUAAGAAGGUCAUGGAGGGACUGUCCACUCUGGUGGUGGAUGUUAAGUUUGAGGGGACUGCAGUCUUGCCAGACCAGGAGCAGGCCCAAGAGCUGGCAAAGAUGUUGGUUAGCGAGAGAGUGGGCCUAGGGCUGCGGGUCGCUGCAGCCCUGACUGCCAUGGAUAACCCUCUGGGCCGCAGCGUGAGCCAUACACUGGAAGUGGAAGCAGCAUUGCUUUGCCUGGAUGGCGCGGCGCCACUGGACCUACUGGACCUGGUUAUCAGGCUAGAUGAGAGGGGGGGCACCACCCUUUGGCUUAGCGGAUAGGCGGAAACUCAAGGCCACGGCGCUGGACGAUGGCCUGCGUUGCGCUGCUUCCAGCUGAUGCUUUCGGCGCAGGGUGUCGACUCGGGCCUAGCUGGAGCACUAUGCUCCGGGAGCCCCACGCAAUGCCGUCAGCUGCUGCCCUACGCCUGGGAGCAAGAGGAGCUGCUCGCACCCGCAGACGGCACCGUGGAGCACGUCCUGGCCUUGCCGCUGGGCCGUGUGCUGCACGAGCUCGGGGCGGAACGCGGCGGAGCGGACCAGCCGAUCAGGCCGGGAGUGGGUGCCGAGCUGCUGGUCGACGUGGGUCAGUGGCUGUACCGCGGCACACCCUGGCUCCGCGUACAUCUGGACGUCAGCGGCCAGCAGCGCCGCGCUCUGCAGGAGGCGCUCGUGCUGUCAAACCGCGGCUUCAAGGCCCUUUCCUCUGAGCUAGUUCUGCCACCUACCAUCGCCCACCGCAGCUAGGUGGCUGAGUCCAGCAGUUGAGCAAACCCUCCAGGGGGCGAGAUUGGGUGGGACAGUGAUCACACGACCUCCGUAGUUUGUCUGAGGGUGCUGCUACUGCCUCAUCCAGUGCAUUGUGGUGAGCUAGGAACACUUGGUGCGAGGUGUAGAUACUGGGGCCCAGAAAAAAGGGUGCAUUGUGAAUACUUACCAGCUCCAUCUUCUCAGGGUGGUGCUCAGGGACAGACGGGCCGAUGGUGCCCUGAGCAUGAAUGGGCUGAGCUGUGACAUUGGUGCCACUG